CAAACAGACGCUUAGGAAAAACAACAAAAGGGGUUACCCGCUUUGAUGACGCCUUUGCGUGCGUCGCUGAUGGCCCAUUGGUCAAGCAAAAAGCGUUUUCUAUCCGUCCCUUUGUCUGCGAAAACUUUUGUAGCCUACGUACUAUGGAUGUUAGAAGUUUUUGUUGGCUAUAGCUUGCGUUAGUCAUCGGUGCCAGGACAUAAAACGAGGGAAUACAAAUAAGUACCCUUGACGUCACAUAGAUUGGCUGUCAGUACAGUACAUAAGUGAGGCCAUUGCUUUCUCACAUUCACUUCAUCGGUACCCUGCCACCAGUUUCUUCAACGGCAGCCAACGAUUACUCGACAGAGGUAACAAGAUGACAGCCAAGCUUUGCCUACCUCUGUGUAUUUACGUUUUCUGUAUACUGCACUGUGUAUCUACGAGUAGUCUACGAGUAAAAGCCGACAACAACCCGAGCGACGACGACGCACUUUCGAGAUUUUUCCGUCGAGACUGCCAUGUAGGCUUGUGGUGCGGGAAAAAGCGUGAACCAGCGAUAGAACAAUCUAGUAGAUUCAAAUCCGCCGAUGAUUGUCCGGUGGGUCUUUGGUGUGGAAAAAAACGAUCGGCCAGCAAAGGAGAAUCGAUUGAAAUUUCCCACUCGAACAAGCAGCGCGAACAAGGCGAAGAAGAAUCGACUGUUUUGCAAAAGCUGACAGAUGGCAACACGGGGCCCCCUGACGAGGUAGCGAGGCGAAUGUUUCGGCGGGCAAGCACUAGUUGCCCUCCGGGACUGUGGUGCGGAAAGAAGCGAAGCAUCCCCGAGCAAAACCCGAGCGGCCUCGAGCUUCAGCUUCCGUAUUUGGCGGGAACCUUGCCGAGCUACGAAGUUAAUGACGAAGAUGCCCCACAGAGUGACCUUAAAAAGAUGUUUCGCCGAGCAAGUACCAGCUGUCCCCCAGGUCUCUGGUGUGGCCGUAAGCGCACGGUCUAUUCUAACAUAGGGAUCCCUCCUCGUCAAAGUAGCUUGAAGUCUAAGUUUGAAAGAUCCUGUCCCCCUGGUCUCUGGUGCGGAAAGUAGAAACAAGCAUAUCUAGAAACUUUAGCAAAAUGUGUGAUUCCUUUACAGUAUUUUCCUUUGACAUAAUGACAGCAUGAACUUCUCGUUAAUACCAGGAUUAAUGAGCAGUUUGUCAGAUUAUGAGAAAGUUUUAAUGAGCAAACGGUUAAGAGAAAUAUGUAUGAUGUGCAAGUUUGGUGACGUUGAUUUAAUGUCUUCGAACUAUUGAAAUAAAGAAAGGUUAUCAACUUCAA